UGACAGCCAGUUCACUCGACGGGCCCAGGAGGAGCAGGGAAGCACGUAUGCUGUUGACCGGGCUGCGAUCGGGUGUUGGAAGGGCGGCGCGAGCUUGAGAUCAGGGCAGGUGAGCAGAAGUGGAAACGGUGGCCUGCUCUUCCGCCGUCAGGUCUGGUUCCGUCACCCUCUGAUCGGGAUGAUCUAGGAAGGAGGUAUGGCAGAGUAUGCUCCGAAGGCGGGACGAGGACGUACGACGGCUGUCCUUAUGUUGGGUGGAUUGACGUCUGAGUUGGAUUGCAUGACGCGACCAGCACUGUGAUCUGUUCGGUGAUGAUGUCUCAUACAUGUCGGUCGUGCCCUGCAUGAUGUAUGCAGACUGUCGUCAUCGCGGGGGCAGGCUCAGAAUCUGUGCCUUCCCUUGUGUCCCCCCUACCCUUCUGUCAUGGUGGGCAAAGCGAAAAUGCCAAUAGCUAUGCAGGAGAGCACUAUGGAGUCGUCUCACCCCGGUUAGAUGACAAGAACAGAACGAUUUCCGCUGUCCGACAGUUUAAGGGAAGGCGACGGUUCGUUCCCCUUUUUCCAUUGCCUCCAAGGCGUCUGUUCUCCCUUCGCGCGCCGCUCGCCGUUUGGGCCCCCCUUCUCCCUUUCGGCGCCCUUCUGCAAACGAAAGGGGAAGAGCUUCCACGGGCAGGUGGAGCUGCCAGAGAUCAAAGCCAUGGACAAGCUCAUGGUCUUCGAGCAAGGCACGCUGUCGAGUACGGACUGGAUCGCCGAGUACCAACGCUUGAUGUCAGUCCCAGACAUCCAGAUGGGCUUCAAGGACAUCCAGAUCGUCGAGUACGGACUGGAUCGCCGAGUACCAACGCUUGAUGUCAGUCCCAGACAUCUCAAGGUCAUGUCCGACAGUUUGCCCAUUGAAAGGCAAGGGCAGACAGGGAAACUGAGUACCGCCGAGAGUGACGCGACGACACUCUCGGCGCCUUCGGAACUGGUUUCUUCGCGAGUGACCAGCCUUCAUUCCGAGGCGCACGCGGAAGUCGACAGUCCUCCGCUUCUAUUUUCUUUUGAGGACUAUGCUGCCCGACUCGUUCCAACGUUGGGUACUCAAGCUCAAGGACAAGGAGUGUGUGCGGUUUCUUCUCCCUCCGGCAACAACGACAGAUCGUCUUCAAGUGGUUCGUCAUGGAAUUCGGCGCGUGAGUUCAAUGUAGAGGCAUUGGACCCGCUCACGUCUGGGGACUUUGCAUGGCUUCCUCUCCCGACCACAGGCUGUUUGCCGGGACCGCAAUGCGCAACACUUAGCGCUAAGCUUCACACUUACCUAUCCUUCUAUGCACCACCAACUUCGUCGACGGAUGACGAAGUUGUGGUGGGGGACAUCCUGGCGUAUAUUACCACGGUGGCCCGCGAGUUUCGCACGCAGCGGUACAAUGACAACAACGCACCGCUCAUGUAUGUCCGCAUUCAGGUUGGGCAAGCGUCCUGCAACGUUUUGCUGGAUAGCCUUGGAGCGUCUCGCAACUUCAUGAGCCAGUCUUUUAUGCAAAGAGCUGGCCUUGGCGCACAAGUUCGGAGGAAGGCAAACCCGGCGACGAUCAAGUUGGCGGAUGGUAAGAUGCAACAACUCCUCGACCGUUACAUCGAGGCCGUACCGGUCUACUUCGCACCUCAUGCAUGCGAACCAGUAACAUUCGAUAUUCUCGACACGGACUUCGACAUCAUUCUGGGAAUGCCUUGGCUCGCAAGUGCGGAUCACACGGUCAACUUCCAUCGGCGGACUCUUAGCUUCGCCGACAUCUUCGAGUCACCUACCGGCGUGGUGCCGGGUCGGCCGAUCUCUCACGAGAUCAUUCUUGAGGCCGGUGCCGUGCCACCGAAAGGUUGCAUCUAUCGGAUGAGCGAGGAGGAGCUUGAGGUCCUCCGCGCACAGCUCGAUGAUUUGUUGGCCAAGGGCUGGAUCCGCCCGAGUAGCUCCCCAUAUGGAGCACCAGUUCUCUUCGUUUGGAAGAAGAACAAGGAUCUACGAUUAUGUAUUGACUACCGCAAGCUCAACGCGCAAACCGUCAAGAAUGCGGGGCCUCUCCCUCGCAUCGACGAUCUUCUCGAGCGGCUGGGCGGCGCGAAGUAUUUUUCCAAGUUGGAUUUGAAAUCGGGAUAUCAUCAAAUCUCGAUCCAGCCGAACGAUCGCUACAAGACCGCGUUCAAGACGCGAUACGGACAUUUCGAGUGGGUGGUCAUGCCUUUUGGCCUCACCAAUGCCCCGACGACAUUCCACGCGGCGAUGACCAAUGAGUUCCAUGCAAUGUUGGACCGGUUCGUGCUGGUCUUUUACUUAGACGAUAUUCUCGUCUAUAGCCGGACAUUUGAGGAUCAUCUUGGACAUCUUCGACUAGUGUUGGAGACGCUCCGCCGUGCCAAGUACAAGGCCAACCGCGACAAGUGCGAAUUUGUCCGGCAAGAGCUGGAAUACUUGGGCCAUUUUGUCACACCGGAGGGCAUCUGUCCGCUAUCGGACAAGAUUCAGGCCGUCCAAGAGUGUCCGGAGCCUCGGAACGUAUGCUACUCCAAGAUCGCGGCCCACUUGAACAAGCUUCAGUGCGAGGAUCGACCGUUUGAUUUCGGAGAGGAGGCGCGAGGAUCAUUCUUCGCUCUCAAAGCUGCGCUAUUGUCCGCGGAGGUCUUGCGAAUCUACGACCCGCUCGCGCCUACGUGUGUCACUACGGAUGCGUCAGGCUAUGGCAUUGGUGCAGUCCUCGAGCAACAUGAUGGUGUGGACUGGCACCCGGUUGAGUACUUCAACAAGAAAGUGCCCCUCGUGCAUUCCAUUGACGAUGCACGCAAGAAGGAGCUCCUCGCCUUCGUCCACGCGCUCAAACGGUGGUGGCACUUCCUCCUUGGUCGAAGCCAAUUUCGCUGGGUAACGGACAACAAUCCGUUGGUCUUCUACAAGACCCAAGACACCGUCAACAGCACCAUUGCUCGAUGGAUGGCUUUCAUCGACCAAUUCGACUUCUUUCCCGAUCACAUUCCCGGGAAGUUGAACCGUUUUGCGGAUGCUCUUUCACGGCGUCCGGAUCACUGUACCGCGGUCUACUCAACAAUCGAGAUCGACGACGACCUGCGGAACAGCUUCAUCCGCGACUACCAAGCCGACCCCGAUAUUCACGACAAGUGCGCAGUUGCUAGUUUCUUGAGGGUGCCGGCCGUCUGCAUCGUUGGUGUCCAAAAGGAGGCCGUGUACCAGAGCAUGGAGAAGAUAGAGGCGUUCAGCACCAACACCCGGCUGAAGACGGGUGUAUAUUUGCUGGAUAAUGUGCCCGGCUUUCGUAGCGUCUUGGUGAGGAUUUCUGGAGCCAUUGCGUGGUGUGCUGCAUUGAUGGCAGGGACGUCGCAGAAGGAUAUAAUCUCAGCAGAGUCUUAUCAGAAGCAUAGUGUUCCCCUCGUGGCUGAGGGAGCUUAUAGGUUGAUGGAGGAGAAAAUGCCAACGUAUGUGAUACCGGAUCUAACGGACUGCAAGCUGAAACCAUGUGUCGCAAAGGAUACCCCGAAGCCAGAAGGAGUAACAACCGAUGCGUCUCCUUCCUGACGUUUCGCAGUGGCUACCUUCCCCUGGCUGGAUUGGUUCAAGAUUGUUUAUUCGUCUUGUUCAGUGGUCCAUCAUCCGCAAGUUUGCUGAUGUUCCCUUUGCGAGAGAAAGAUAGAGGUGAGGGUGAAACAGAAUGAAUGUGCACGACCGGCUGGCCUAUCUCAGUUGGUACACAACGAACUGUGGAAAUGCAGGUCCAGCCCGGAUCUGGAUGUAAUCAGAUAAGUGAAAAUAACUCUGAAUCUAUCUGGGGCCGGUCAGUUCAGAGAUGAUAUCUCAAGGUCAUCGCCCUUUUUCAACAAAACAAGAGAAUGAAUGUGUGGUGUGUGUGUGUGUGUGUGUGUGUGUGUGUGUGUGUGUGUGUGUGUGUGUGCGUGUGUGUGUGGGUGUGUGUGUGUGAGAGAGAGAGAGAGAGAGUUCAGCUGUGGCAUGCCAGAAUGGCGCAGACCAGAACCAAGAACCGACCUCUCAAAUAUGGAGCAAUGAUAGCACAGCGGAAGGCUGAAAUACCAAUAAUCAGACCCAGUCAAUGUCGUGACACAGACUGAACAUCAUCAUCAUCGUCAUCAUCACACGGUGUGAGUGGCCUGGCGCCAGUACACAUAGACGAGGGCUCCAGGCCCGAUGCGUACACGGAUGAGGUAGGAGAGACGAAGAGGGGGAAGAGGAGGGGAGAUGUCGUCAACCCAGCGUGUCAUCGAUACCGAUCCCAACAGUAGUCCCCCACAAUG